GAAGUAGGUUAUAUGAGAUGCCAUCGCUAUAAAUUUCAUACAACCCUCUCAUAAUUGUUAUAUUGUUUUUUAGCGUUGAAAAUUUCCGUCCACUCAAUUUUGUUUAAAAAUAAUGUUAAAUCAUCCUCGUUCGUGUCUAUAUAUUUGCGUCAUAUCAUUCUUGUGUAGGAAACAUCGGUUUAUUGCUAAGUUACUCUCAUCUUGUUCCGCGACAUUGUCAUGAUCUCUCUGUACUUUGGUCAUAAAGUUUCUCGCUCUAUCUUACAAUAACACAUCAGUAAUCCUUAAAGGGGCCUAGUUCAGCAUAAUAUUUAUUUGGCUCAGAAGCGAGAGGACUUCGCUGUAAUUUCUUAAUAUGAAUAUAGUUACCCAAGAAGAGAGCUCUGCUGGCCCAUCAGUUCAGCCGGCAAAGCGGAGACGCGGUCGUCCCCGUAAAGAUGCAAGCCCAAGGCACACUGAAGCUGCCCAUCUUCCACCUGGUUUUCAAGGAGUGAAAGAAUACCUUCCCCAGAAAGCUGAUAGAACCAUGGAAGUUGAAUGCUUGGUGGGCCAGGCUGUAACUGGUGUUGUUGAGGCCACAUUUGAUGCUGGUUAUUUGCUAAAUGUUAGGAUUGGAAACUCUAAUACAAAUUUGAGGGGCGUUGUUUUCAAGCCAGGACAUUAUGUUCCCAUUACAGCAGAAAAUGAUGUUGCUCCACAUGUCCAGAUGGUCAGAAGGAAUGAUCUCCAUUUCACUGCUGAAAACCUGAGUUCAUCACGUGGCAAGAAACUUACUCUCCAAACAACUGCUAUGGUACCUUCAAAACGCAAAUAUGCACCACCUAAAACAGCUCCUCCUGCCCCUCCAGUUGGCUUGAGGGGCAGAACGGUUCCUAUGAUUCCUCAACCUGUCGAUUCUCCAAGUGAAUUGCAAGCUUCUGACUAUGAUGACAAAGAUGUGCAUAUGGCUGAACCAUUAUCCAUGUUACCACCAAAUCAAUCUAUACCUGUUGGCCUUACUUCUUUAGCCGCACAACCCCAUCCCAGCCACCAAGUUGCCCCGGGAAGCAAGCAGGAUAAUGAUGGGUCAUUUGACAAAAGCAUCUCAGAGGUUGGACAAGAAGAAGUACCCAAGCCGAUGACAUCAACGGACAUUGAUACCUCAGGAUCUUCACAAGCAUCUGAUAUUAAAAUUGAGGUUGGAAAGGAAGAAUUGAUAUCUUCAGCAGAAGAUUCAGGUAUUAUUUCAAAACAAGAAAUCGAAUAUAAUACUACUGAGCCACUUUUAACUGAGGCCUUGCAAGCUACUGCUUCCAUUAUGGAACCUUUGUUCUACCAUGGAACUGGAAGGAUGACUGAGCUUUUACAGGCUUUACAAGAAAAUAUGAAAGAAACCCCAGGGGAACUUGCUGAACCACCGUCUUCUGCAGCCGAAAUCGAGUCACUUGAAACAGCAGCUAUAGAAACUGAUCCGGAAAAUGAAGCAAGUUUGCCAUGAUAGCUAUACUUUAACAUGUUCACCAGAUUAUGUGAUCUCUCAACUUGUAUAGCUUACUUGUGUUUCAACUGUCAGAGCAGCACCCAACACCUCUUGAACAAUUCAUUUAACGUCUGGCCAGGGCUCAGAUGAUCUGCAACAGCAUCAAAUCAUUCUCACAGGCUGUAUGGAAUUUAGAAUCAUGAACUUCGUAGUUUCCAAUUUCUCUAGAUUUAGGUUAAAUUUACCGUCAUUUUGUUAUGCUUGCAAAUCCUUAUGAGAUUUUCUCUUAUCAAGUCUGCAAUCCUUCGUCCUUUUUUAGAGUCUU